AUGCGCGAAAUGGCAAAGGCGGACCCGGAUUUGGACCCAGUGUGGGGCCUGCUGCAGGGCGCCGCGGACGGCGAGGUGGAGGUCAAGGUGGAGCUCCUUCCGGAGCCGAGGUCGGCGGCUUUCAAGUUGCCUGCAGAUGCGGCCGAGGAGAUUUUGGAGGUUGAGGCCCCGCUGAAGAGCAGCCGGCCCAUCUCCAACGUCGUUGACAAGGCCGAGGUGUCUCCAGAGAAGUUUCCGCUGCCGGAGGAGGCAGAGGUCUCUGUGAAGCGCUGGGACAUCCCAGGCUGUGACGCGUUCGUGCUGGAUGACGUGCUCACGGAGGAGGAGUGUCGCAGUCUCAUCUGCCAAGCAGAGGGGCUCUGGAGCUUCUGGGAAGAUGACCCCGCUCGGCCGCGCAUCACCUUCCGCAAUGCGCACACGGUGGAGGUGACCCACAGCAGCUUGGCGCAGCGCAUUUGGCGCCGGGUGGCCGGCUGGGUGCAGCCGGAGGUGAGCCUUUCUGAAGAUGACGAUCGCUUCGAGGUGGACAUCGAAGGCACGUGGCGUCCGUGCGGCAUGAAUCCCAAGCUGCUGCUGUCGCGGUACCUGGAGGGUGGCCACUUUAGCCCUCACACGGAUGGGACAACUGUGAUAGACUUCAACGAGCGGACUUUCUACUCGUGCGUGCUGUUCCUGAACGCUUCUGCUUGGGGUGGCCACACUCGGCUUUAUGCAGAUGAGCAGAUGCGGAAAGAGCUGCAAAAAGAUGAAGAGGGAAGACUUACAGGCGAUGCGAGCCUUGUGUUGGCGGAAGUGGAGCCGAAGCCGGGGCGAAUGUUGGUUUUCUACCACAGGCUAAUGCACGAAGGGGUGCCCGCAGCUGAGAAGUACAUCAUCCGCACGGAUGUGCUUUACAGACGCGCACCGGCGGUCUGCACGGCGCCGGAGGAUCUGGAGGCCUUCCAGAUGUACCAGGAUGCCCAGCUCUUGGCGGAGAAUGGCGACUGCGACGGCGCCGCGCGGCUCUUCCGGAGCGCCUUCAAGCGCAGCCCCGCGAUCAAGGAGAUCGCAGGGCGGUCUACCGGAUGUGAGCUGCGCAGUUCGUGA